AAAUAAACCGCUCUGGAGUAAAUACAGAGGGUUGUAUAAGUGAUGCGGUGUUUUCUCUUCACAGUUAGAAGAAUUUGUCGCUGUUAUUGAAACGCUUGGAUGUACAGUUACUAUAUGAGGAGGAAUAAUGUGGAGUUAUCUGAGCUGCUAUGGGGGAUGAUGUCCGAAAAUGAACACAGAUUGUCAAAAGCUACUCCAACCUCCCAAACAAAAGCUCCGAAGUUAUCUAGCCAUUAAGGUGCAUUCAAAACUCAUGUCAAGGCCUUGUCCGUCUGCUAGAGGUCCCAAACCUCCAGUUGCUCCAAAACCAAGGCUUGCCCUUGAACAAGAAGAUGAACACAGCCAAAGCUGCAUAGGGAAUGGGGAUGUGAUGUGUUCUGAGAGGGAGCUAGAGCAAGAAAGUGAAUCAGAAGCCACCCCAGAUGAAGCGGAUGAGUGCCUAGAGGACCUUGUAGAAAAUGUGGACACCUGUGCAGAGGAAGCGCCAAAGCUGUGCCAUGAAGACCAUGAGAAUCAUGUGGAACAAGGACAAGAGGUCGAUGAAGAGGAAAGGCUAGAGGAAGAAGAGGAGAGAGAAGAUGGCAUUGAAACAGAGUAUGCAGUCUCGCUGAAUUCUGUUGAAGUGGCUGACGUUACGUCUGAUGUGCCUGAUGCAGGCCACAUCAAAGAAUCUGAUGACCUCAGCCCACCUGAGGACACUAAGAACCUUGGUGACACAUUAGAGGGCUCUGCUGAAUGCUUUGAGUGUGAUACUGCCACUGAAGAUCAAAUAAAGGAUGAUUCAGGGGACGAGUGUGAGAAACAGAACCAGUAUGAAGAGGGCAACAAGGCUGAGGAAUAUACAUCAUACUGUAGUAAUGAGGCAGAAGAGCAUUACUGCAAUGACAGUGGAUCCUGUGUGUGUGAGCCUGUCUCUGAGUGUACCAGUGAACAGUGUGAGAACAGAUACACCAAUGAGGAGAAUUUAGACUUUAAUUUACCUAAGGAUGAAGUGGAUGAAGAUGGGUUUUCUUCACAAGCUGCAAAUUGUAGUGAACCGUCUUUAGGUGAGGAGUACCCUUAUGAUGUCAUCGGCCAGCCAGAUGACAACAGCUCUUGGCAGCCUGAACGUGCCACCAAAGACCAAACUGGACGUUUCAGAUUCUCUGAUGAGACAGCUGAAGAGUUUGAGCCUUAUUCAGUAAUAGAGGUAGUGCCUGCAGACAUGAUGUCCACCACAGAUCCAGAGGUGACACUUUCUGACGAUGAAUGUAGUGGCGAGCAAACAAAUUCUUUAGCCCCGUCUGGACCAGAGGGCACGGCAAACCAGGAGCCUAAUUAUCUUUCAUCAGAUGAUGUUGCUGAGGCUGAGGAUGCUCAAGCUCAGACAAGUGACUCAGGUGUAGACCAGGAGCAUUUGGAGGGAAAGCAUAAAGAAAGGCCGAACAGCAGGACAGGCGAUGAAUAUGCAGAUAUUGAGGAGGAUGGAAAUGAUUCAGAACAGGUGGAAUGUGUGUCAUCAGAGGACUAUGUGGAAAUAGGGGACGAUGAUGAGUCAGUUGACAUGGAGCGCAAAAGCAAAGGAAAGAGUAUCAGGCAACGCUCAGCAAGACGAGGGCAGGGCCUCUUAAAUCAGCGCAACAGCUGUCAACCUCGUCUGAGACUUUGUAACAUCACAGUGCCAGUAGACUUAGACCUGGGCAGGACUCCAGAACUGACUAACAGGGUGGUAUUUGCCCAUACCACAGAGGCAUUUGAGGAGGAUAUAGAGGACCUGGACUGUCACAUUGUACCAUUCUUUGAGGACACAGAUUCAGAGAGUGAUGAACACAUCUAUGAGGAGGCUGGCUUUGAUUCAGAAGGCGAGAACAUUAUCUCUCUGGACAGGAAGAGCAUUGUGACCCGCUCCCGCUCCCUCUCUGGGAAAGUACCUGGAUAUGUUCCUGAGACUGUUCCUGAGGAGCCGGGCACUGAGAACCAGACUAAUGAUUAUUAUACUGUGGCCUUAGACCAAAAUGGAGACCCACAGAAAUAUACUGACCAUUCAGAGACGAUUAGAAAGAUCCCUGCUUUAAAGCCGAGGCAUUUCCUUCUUUACCCCCGGUCUUAUUCGGUAGAGGGUCGAGACUUGCCGUUUGCAGCUCACUUGGAGAGUGAUCACUCUCCAAGGGAAGAUGACAGAUUAAAAAGGAAAGAUGACACCCUGUCCCUCCCUUGUGUCAUCACUUCUUCUGGGAGUUUUUCCCAAAGAAGCCACCAGUCCUCUAGUGGUGUGUCCACUCCCACAUCACUGGUUGAUAUUCCACCUCCAUUUGAGCUGGCUUACAUCACCAAGAGACCAGUCACCAAAAGCUCACCAUCUCUUUUAAUUCAGCACGAGUCCAAUGACAAACCAAAAAAGAAAAAGUCCUCCUUCAAACGUUUCCUGGCUCUAAAGUUCAGAAAGAAAAGUGAGAGCAAAGGCCACGGAGAUGGCAGUGUCCGCUCUUCAAGGUCGUCCUCAGAGUCCAGUCACCACGGACCGGUCCGAGUGUUGGAAAUGGACCGCAGGAGUACAAGCAGUUCCCCACAACCUCAGUCUCGCAUGGUCAUACAACAGAGGAGCCCUGAAUUACCUGCCACUUUUGUACUGUACAAGGACAGGCAAAGAAGGAAAGGUGCCCCUAAGACCUACAGCAGUAGGGGUAUAUCAAGAGUGGAGUCCUUUGAGGACCGUUCUAGACCUCCGUUCAUGCCUCUGCCUCUGACAAAGCCCCGGUCCAUCUCUUUUCCCAGUGCAGAUACAUCAGACUACGAAAACAUUCCAGCCAUGAGCUCUGAUUAUGAGAACAUCCAGAUACCACCUGGAAGGCCCACACGGGCAGUCACCAUCACAGAGUUUUUUGACGAUGCAAAUCGGACAGUUGCAUCAAGCAAUGAAAAUGAUGGAUAUGUGGAUAUGAACAGCUUUGCUGGGAUUGAGAACAAACCUCAGACUACAGAGCAGGAGACCGAAAGUGCGUACACUGAGCCCUUCCCAGUAUGUCCCGCUCCUGCCGGGCUUUCUGCUGAGGAAGACCAUGGGCGCACAUCUGAGGAAGAAGAAGGUUGUGCAGAUCAUGGCUACGAUAGGCAGAUUGAUGGCAGAUCUAGAGCCUUCUAUGUUGCCAAAGAACUGGUGGAUUCAGAGAGAGAACAUGUGAAAGCUCUGAAAGUCCUUCAAGAGGAUUUCAGGACGGCAGUGUCGGCAGCUGUUGGGGAAGAUGGGGGGCCUGCUCUUGAAGAGGACACUCUGGGGGAGAUCCUUAGCACUCUCCCCCAGGCGUAUGAACUCCACAGCAGCGUCUUGGCUGAGCUGGAGAGUCGUCUCAAUCAGUGGGAGGAGAGUCAAAGGGUUGUCGAUGUCAUCUUGACACGCCGAGCGGAGUUUGCCGUCUUCUCGACCUAUAUUUCGGAGUAUGACCGAAGCAUGGCACUCUUGGAGGAGAGCUGUAAACAGUACCCCGCUUUUGGGGACAUUGUGAAACAGUUUGAGCAGAGGAGUUCGGACGGGCGACCGGUUCCUCUGAAACACCAGCUGCUGCAGGUUAUCGUUCGUGCGUUGCAGUACCGCAUGCUGCUCACAGAUUACUUGAAUAAUCUUUCCCCAGACUCAAAAGAGUAUGAAGACACUCAAGCUGCUUUAGUGAUUGUGUCCGAGCUUGCCGACCAGGCCAAUGAGAGGCUGAAACAAGGGGAGAACUUACUACGCCUGGUCCACAUUGAAUACAGUGUGAAAGGCAAGAGAGACCUGCUCCAGCCAGGGAGGGUGUUUGUGAAAGAGGGAACUCUGAUGAAAGUGUCCCGCAAAAGCAGACAACCCCGUCACCUGUUUCUGAUGAAUGAUGUGAUGCUAUAUACAUACCCUCAGCAGGAUGGUAAAUACAGACUGAAAAACACUCUCUAUCUGAGUGGGAUGAAGGUCAGUAAACCGGUCGUAGAGAACGUGCUCAACACACUGCGUAUUGAAGUGUCUGAUAUAACCAUCACUCUGUCAGCCAGUUCAUGCGGUGAAAGGGAAGACUGGUUUCACACUCUCAGUAGGGCUAUAGCUGACCAUGCCGCAGGCUUAAACACUUUUGGCUCUUCAAGUGAGGCUCGAGAGAAGUUGUGGAUGUCUCUGGGAGAAGCGGCUCCCAUUCUAGUGCCUGUAUCACAUGUGAUGAUGUGCAUGAAUUGCACUUCAGACUUCAGUCUCACGCUGCGCAGACACCACUGCAAUGCCUGCGGGAAGGUGGUGUGUCGGUCCUGCUCCAGAAACAGGUACCCUCUUAAGUACCUCAAAGACAGGAUGGCGAAAGUGUGUGACCACUGCUAUGCUGAGCUGAGAAGAAAAGGGGGUAAUGUACCGGGAGUGUGUGGGAACGUCAGCCCUCGCUCACACAGGGCCAGUAGGCCUCUCUCCGCAGUGUUCCAGAGCCUUCAGCCGCCAAGCCUGUGGAAGAGCAGAAAGAGUACCUCACCUCUCACACAGGUGUCUGUGGGGGCAGAGGGCUCGACCAUGAGUGGUAGUCUGCAACGACGGAAGAAAAGCAAGAGGAAGUGGAAAAGGCUGUGGUUCCUGCUUAAAGACAAGGUGCUCUACACCUUCAAAGCCCGUGAGGAUAAAGUGGCGUCUGAGAGCCUUCCUCUGCAGGGCUUCACAGUUAAACUGUCAGAACGUUGUGAGGGGGAGGAGAGCGACAGCGUGUUUCAGCUCUACCAUAAGAAAACUCUGUACUACACGUUCAGAGCUGACGACCAGCACACCGCACGCAGAUGGGUUAAUGCUAUGGAGGAGGCUACAGUAUUGUAGCAUCCAUUCACAGAUCAUGGAAUUUUACACUUCUCCCUUAGUUUGCCUAAACACGAACCUUGCGAAGAGGAAACACAAGUUUUAAAACAAUUUCUGUUCAUCUAUGACUGAGGAAAAAGUGCCAUCCGUUUUUCAUGUGGAGUUGUUUGUGAUUGAGGUGCUUCCAUUUUGAUUUGCAGCAGAAGAGCACAAACAAAACAAAAUAAAAUGGAGUCUCUUUACAAGAUUUUCAACAAUACCGCUCCUAGAAGACAUGAACUCUUGAUGUCGAAUGUCAUCCUGCUGCCCGUAAUCUGUGCCAGUGUCUUAAGGAAACAAAAUCCUUCGGAUUAACACAAACAAAUGCUACUGAUGACUUUUCUAACAUUCUCUGGAAACUGUUCAAACAAAAGUGCCAAAUUUAUGACUGCAGUUCAUUGUAGUGUCGUGUGAUCGAGUGUCGCGUCUGAUUUAUCCAUUUAUGUCUCUCUGUGACAUGAAAUUGUUUUUUUUUUUUACAUUUUUCAUUUUGAGGAAACUACCUUUAUAGAUGCUCAAGAAUGCAUCGUUACUGAUAAUUAAUGAACUUAUUUGAAACACGGUGAGUAAAUAUGUUGAGGUAUACAUAAGUUCAUCUCAUUACAUAGAAAAGAGCAUAAUCUAAAAAUUGUAUACGUUUUACAGAUUUGAUUAUAUAUGCAGUCUACUG